AGAUAAUGUGCUCUAAAAUUAUGUAUAUUUUUAAACCAAAAAGCGUGAGAUACAACAGCGGUAUAUCAUUGUAUUGCAUUUAAUUAUUCUAUUGAAGUCAAUUGGCUGUUUGAAGGGGCCAGUGUUAGUGCGUCUGCCGAUACGAAAUGGCCUGGUAUUGGUAAUGACGAUUUUAUUUAAAAAAAAAAACAAAAAACAUCCGAUACAUUUUGCUAUAUUCUUUGUUUAUCAUACGAAAAAAUAUUAGUAAUAGUGACACAAAUUAGCCACACUAUACGCGUGAAUUAAGCAACAACCUACCUAAGCUUUUAAAUUGAGAGAGAAAUCAUGGCGUCAAAACUACUGGCUUGGUCGCGCCAAUCACUACAACGUCGUCCGGUUCUAACCAACACCGUAGUCUACGCAACGUUUUAUACUGCCGCUGAAUUGUCGCAGCAAACCUUCAAUAGAAUUUACUCGCCGGAAAAGCCAGAUUUAGAUGUCGCGGCUGCCGCCCGAAUCGUCUCAGUUGGUAGUACUGUUUACGCACCCACAUUGUACUUUUGGUACAAAUUUUUGGACAAGAAGUUUGCCGGCAACGCGAUCAAAGCCGUAGCGACAAAAGUGGCUUCCGAUCAGUUCAUUAUGACGCCUAUAUUAUUGGCCACGUUUUAUACUUUGUUGGGGAUUUUAGAACGUAGAGAAGAUGUUUUCGAAGAGCUAAAGCAGAAAUACUGGAAGACGUUUAUAGCCAAUCAAGCAUUUUGGAUUCCAGCGCAAACGAUUAACUUUUACUUCAUGCCUUCACAUUUGAGAGUUGUUUACGUAGCCUCAACAUCUUUCGUGUGGAUCAAUAUCCUUUGCUUUAUUAAGAGACAAAAAAACAUGAAAAAACUUGAAGAGAUGCCAUUAUAAUUCGAAAGCGAAGAUCGAUACACAUGGCUUAUAUCUAGAUAUAUUCAUAAUACUUAAUUUAAAUAAAAUUAAAAUCUUCACUCAAA